GAGAAGACCGACCCUCGGCCAGAGCCAGCCCGCGGCGCCCGGGCCUGGCUGGCUGCUUCCCGCCUCAGCCGCAGCUCCGGCUCCCCCCCCACCGCAGACACCGUCCAGGCGAGCGCGGCGGAACGCGAGGUCCUUCGGCCCAGCCCGGUCCGGUGCGGCCCGGAUCCGUGGCACGGGAGGACCCCUACAGUGGACCAUGAGUCGGUAAUGCCCACUGAGGACUUCUGGGAGCCAUGUCAGACGAAUCCGCCUCAGGGAGCGAUCCAGACCUGGACCCGGACGUGGAGCUGGAGGAUGCGGAAGAGGAGGAGGAGGAGGAAGUGGCAGUGGAGGAGCAUGACAGGGAUGACGAGGAAGACCUGCUGGAUGACCCAUCCCUGGAAGGCAUGUGUGGCACUGAGCAUGCCCAGCUGGGGGAAGAUGGGCAGCGGCCGCCGCGGUGCACUUCAACUACCUCAUCUCAGUCUGAGCCUUCAGAGCAGCUUAGGCACCAAGGCAAGAUCCUAGCAUCCGAAGACCCCAAAAAGAAGAGAGCUCAGAAGCCCUCUCAUAUGAGAAGAAACAUACGAAAGCUUCUCCGGGAGGAUCAAUUGGAGCCCGUUACCAAAGCAGCACAACAGGAGGAAUUGGAAAGAAGAAAGCGCCUGGAGCAACAGAGGAAAGAAUACGCAGCCCCCAUUCCUACUGUCCCUUUGGAGUUCCUACCUGAGGAAAUUGUCUUACGAGCAAAUGAUGGUCCACAACUCCCUCCUCGGGUCUUGGCCCAGGAAGUUAUUUGUUUGGACAGUAGCAGUGGCAGUGAGGAUGAAAAAAGCAGUCGAGAUGAGGUGAUUGAACUGAGUUCUGGAGAGGAGGAUACUCUGCACAUCGUGGACAGCAGUGAGUCUGUCAGCGAGGAGGAUGAGGAAGAGGAGAAGGGUGGCACCCAUGUGAAUGAUGCCUUAAACCAGCAUGAUGCUCUUGGGCGGGUCCUUGUCAACCUAAAUCACCCUCCAGAGGAGGAGAAUGUCUUCCUGGCCCCACAGUUGGCACGGGCAGUGAAACCUCAUCAGAUUGGUGGGAUCCGGUUCCUAUAUGAUAACCUAGUAGAGUCUUUAGAGAGGUUUAAGACCAGUAGUGGCUUUGGCUGUAUCCUGGCCCAUAGCAUGGGUCUUGGGAAAACUCUGCAAGUGAUCUCCUUCAUUGAUGUCCUCUUCCGUCACACGCCAGCCAAAACAGUCCUUGCCAUUGUGCCGGUUAAUACUCUUCAGAAUUGGCUGGCAGAGUUCAACAUGUGGCUCCCAGCUCCUGAAGCUCUCCCAGCUGACAACAAGCCUGAAGAAGUCCAGCCACGGUUCUUCAAGGUUCAUAUCUUGAAUGAUGAGCACAAGACGGUGGCAUCCCGUGCUAAAGUGACGGCUGAUUGGGUUUCAGAGGGUGGAGUGCUGCUGAUGGGGUAUGAAAUGUACAGGCUGCUCACUCUGAAGAAGUCCUUUGCCACAGGUAGACCCAAGAAAACCAAGAAACGCUCUCACCCUGUCAUUAUUGAUCUGGAUGAAGAAGAUCGACAGCAGGAGUUCCGCAGAGAGUUUGAGAAGGCCUUAUGCCGCCCUGGUCCUGAUGUGGUGAUCUGUGACGAGGGCCACCGCAUCAAAAAUUGCCAAGCCAGCACCUCACAGGCUCUGAAGAAUAUACGUUCUCGUCGGCGGGUAGUGCUGACUGGGUACCCUCUACAGAACAACCUCAUUGAGUACUGGUGCAUGGUGGACUUUGUGCGCCCAGAUUUCCUUGGUACUCGUCAGGAGUUCAGCAACAUGUUUGAACGCCCUAUCCUGAACGGGCAAUGUAUUGACAGCACACCUCAGGAUGUCCGCCUCAUGCGCUACCGGAGCCAUGUUUUGCACAGCCUCCUGGAGGGCUUUGUGCAGAGGAGAGGCCAUACUGUAUUGAAGAUUCACCUCCCUGCCAAAGAAGAGAAUGUGAUCCUGGUGCGGCUUUCUCAGAUCCAGCGAGAUUUGUACACACAAUUCAUGGACCGUUUCCGGGACUGUGGUAGCAGUGGCUGGUUGGGGCUGAAUCCUCUGAAGGCUUUCUGUGUGUGCUGCAAGAUCUGGAACCAUCCUGAUGUUCUAUAUGAAGCCCUUCAGAAGGAAAACCUAGCCAAUGAGCAGGACCUAGAUGUGGAAGAGCUUGGCUCAGCAGGGACCAGUGCCCGUUGCCCACCACAGGGCACAAAAGUCAAGGGAGAAGAUAGCACCCUGGCUUCCUCCAUGGGAGAAACAACCAAUAGCAAGUUCCUACAGGGAGUUGGCUUUAACCCUUUUCAGGAGCGAGGCAAUAACAUUGUUACAUAUGAAUGGGCCAAGGAUCUUCUGACUAACUACCAGACUGGAGUCUUAGAAAACUCUCCCAAGAUGGUACUGCUUUUCCAUCUGAUUGAAGAAAGUGUGAAACUUGGGGACAAGAUCCUUGUGUUUAGCCAGAGCCUUUCUACCUUGGCUCUCAUCGAGGAGUUCCUAGGGAAACGAGACGUGCCCUGUCUGCCUGGUGCUGAAGGGCAAGGAACACAGAAGUGGGUUCGAAAUGUCAGCUACUUCCGGCUAGAUGGUAGCACCCCUGCCUUUGAGAGAGAGCGGCUCAUUAAUCAGUUCAAUGAUCCCAGCAACCUCACCACCUGGCUGUUUCUUCUUUCCACAAGGGCCGGAUGCUUGGGUGUGAAUCUGAUUGGUGCCAACAGAGUGGUGGUAUUUGAUGCUUCCUGGAACCCUUGCCACGAUGCUCAGGCAGUAUGUCGGGUAUACCGUUAUGGCCAGAAAAAGCCCUGUCACAUCUAUCGCCUUGUGGCUGAUUAUACUCUUGAAAAGAAGAUCUAUGACCGGCAGAUUUCCAAGCAGGGCAUGUCAGACCGGGUAGUGGAUGACCUAAACCCAAUGCUGAACUUCACCAGGAAGGAAGUGGAAAACCUGCUGCACUUUGUUGAGAAGGAGCCAGCUCCCCAGACGUCUUUGGAUAUAAAGGGGAUCAAGGAGUCAGUCUUGCAGCUUGCCUGUCUGAAGUACCCUCACCUCAUCACCAAGGAGCCUUUUGAGCACGAAUCAUUGCUCCUCAACCGAAAGGAUCACAAGCUGACCAAAGCUGAGAAGAAAGCAGCAAAGAAAAGCUAUGAGGAGGACAAGCGUACAUCAGUACCGUAUACUCGCCCAUCGUAUGCGCAGUAUUACCCUGCCAGUGACCAGAGCCUGACCAGCAUCCCUGCCUUCAGUCAGAGGAACUGGCAACCAACACUGAAGGGUGAUGAAAAGCCUGUGGCCAGUGUUCGUCCUGUACAGUCCACCCCCAUCCCCAUGAUGCCCCGGCAUGUCCCACUCGGUGGCAGUGUAAGCUCUGCCUCCAGCACAAAUCCAUCUAUGAACUUUCCCAUCAACUACUUGCAGCGGGCAGGAGUCCUUGUGCAGAAAGUGGUUACCACGACAGAUAUUGUUAUUCCUGGACUCAACAGCUCCACAGAUGUUCAAGCAAGAAUCAAUGCUGGUGAGAGCAUCCAUAUCAUCCGGGGGACGAAAGGGACAUACAUUCGCACCAGUGACGGACGGAUCUUUGCUGUCCGGGCAACUGGCAAACCAAAGGCCCCUGAAGAUGGUCGGAUGGCUGCCUCAGGUUCCCAGGGGCCUUCUCUUGCAUCCACAAGCAAUGGCAGACACAGUGCCUCAUCACCCAAAGCCCCUGACCCUGAGGGGCUGGCCAGGCCCGUCUCUCCUGACAGCCCAGAAAUCAUCAGUGAGCUUCAGCAGUAUGCAGAUGUGGCCGCUGCUCGGGAAUCCCGCCAGAACUCCCCCAACAUCAGUACCGCCCUGCCUGGCCCCCCAGCCCAACUUAUGGACAGUAGCACCAUUCCUGGGACAGCUCUUGGAACUGAGCCAUGCCUUGGGGGUCAUUGCCUCAAUAGUUCCCUCUUGGUGACUGGCCAGCCCAGUGGUGGCAGGCACCCAGUGCUGGACUUAAGGGGCCACAAGCGAAAGUUGGCCACUCCAUCUGCCACCCAGGAGUCAGUCCGUCGGCGGUCCAGGAAGGGCCAUCUGCCAGCCCCCGUGCAGCCCUAUGAACACGGGUAUCCAGUCUCUGGCGGGUUUGCCAUGCCACCCGUCUCCUUAAAUCAUAACCUCACCACCCCCUUCACCUCCCAGGCUGGGGAGAAUUCCCUAUUUAUGGGCAAUACCCCCUCCUACUACCAGCUGUCCAAUUUGCUGGCAGAUGCCCGCCUGGUGUUUCCAGUGACUACUGACCCUCUGGUGCCAGCAGGCCCUGUCAGUUCCUCUUCCACGGCUACCUCAGUCACUGCCAGCAACCCCUCCUUCAUGCUCAACCCCUCUGUGCCAGGGAUACUACCCAGCUAUUCACUCCCAUUCUCACAGCCACUCCUGUCCGAGCCGAGGAUGUUUGCGCCUUUUCCUUCCCCUGUCUUGCCCAGCAACCUUUCUCGGGGCAUGUCUGUCUACCCAGGAUAUAUGUCCCCACAUGCAGGCUACCCAGCUGGUGGCCUUCUCCGGUCCCAGGUGCCUCCAUUUGACUCCCAUGAGGUUGCCGAGGUGGGGUUCAGCUCCAAUGAUGAUGAGGAUAAAGAUGAUGAUGUGAUAGAGGUCACUGGGAAAUAGCUAGGAAGCCCUUUCCCACCUCACUUGGGGCCCUAGCAGGUUGCCCACCAAACUGGAAGGCAGGGAACCUGGUCUUUCUAAAAAUAGGGUACUUGGCAGGAGGGAAAAGAAGACAAAGAAGAGUGGUUGGCCAUUAUGGCAGGGCUCUAUUGCUGUUUAUUAGAAGAUGAAAAAGAAAAGAAAAAACCCAGAAACCCCAGCAGAGCUGCAAUAGUGGGAAAUCAGGGACCGAAAACAGGGAUGGAGGGGUAGAGCAACCUGCCUCUUCCUUCCUGCCUUGCUUAUGCUGUCUGCUCAUUUGCCCAUCUGAGUGUAGAAGAGCUCAUAUCCCUUUUUGCCUUUGGGAACAUCUCUCCCAAGAGAGCUAGCUGCCUUACUGAGUGUCUUAGUUUGGCCUGGGGGUGGGAGAAUGAGGAAGAUGAGGGCGGGCAUGGGAAACAGACUGAGAUUCCAUGUGAAGUGGUAUCGUUUUAGGGGGUAGGAAGGAAGCAGAACAGGUGUGUGUGUGUGUGUGUGUGUGUGUGUGUGUAUGUGAGAGAGAGAGAGAGAGACUACACACAUAUGUAUGUAG